CCGGGUGGGAGCCGGGCCGCGCAACGCGCAUGCUCCAGGCGCGGCGCCCCCGACUCUGCGGUCGGCUCCGCUCGGGCAUUUCCGCCUCUUUGUUUUAAACUCCGGACGGGUUUUUUUCUCCGGCUCUUGGGGGGGACCCGGAGGGAGCGGCGCCCCCUCCCCCUGCCCGCGCUGCCCCCGCGUGCGCCCAGCUCGCCCGCAGCUGAGACGGCAGGUAAAGGGAGAGACCUGUUGACCUGAGCAGCUGAAGCCGCCUGUCUGGGGGCCGGGCUCCGUGGAACGGCACGUGUGGGUGACGCCCCAUCCCUGUGUCUCCACAGGCUUCAAAAUGUAGCAGAGGACUUGGCUCUGUGCACAGAAAAUGGAAACACCGCGAGAGACGCAAGGAAGGCGCAGACGUGAGGAGCCAGAGCACGGAGGGCACGGUGGACAAGGCGUGAGCGUGGUGAACCCAUAGGCAGCGGCGUCCGAUGCAGAGGCAGCAGGAGGGACGACGGCCUCAAGGAGAAGCCAAAGAUGUUGACCAGAAAGAUUAAACUCUGGGACAUAAACGCCCACAUCACCUGCCGCCUGUGUAGUGGAUACCUCAUCGAUGCAACCACGGUGACUGAGUGUCUGCACACAUUCUGCCGCAGCUGCCUGGUGAAGUACCUGGAGGAGAACAACACCUGCCCCACAUGCAGGAUCGUCAUCCACCAGAGCCACCCCCUGCAGUACAUCGGUCAUGACAGAACCAUGCAGGAUAUUGUUUACAAAUUGGUCCCAGGCCUCCAAGAGGCGGAAAUGAGAAAGCAGAGGGAAUUCUACCACAAGUUAGGCCUAGAAGUGCCUGGAGACAUCAAGGGGGAGACGUGUUCUGCAAAGCAGCACCUGGACCCCCACCGAAAUGGAGAAACCAAAGCGGACGACAGUUCGAAUAAAGAGGCAGCAGAGGAGAAACAGGAGGAAGACGGUGAUUACCACCGGAGCGACGAGCAGGUAAGCAUCUGUCUGGAAUGCAACAGCAGCAAACUGCGGGGCUUGAAGCGAAAAUGGAUCCGCUGCUCAGCCCAGGCCACAGUCCUGCAUCUGAAGAAGUUCAUUGCCAAAAAACUUAACCUCUCAUCUUUCAACGAGCUGGACAUUUUAUGCAACGAGGAGAUCCUUGGCAAGGACCAUACACUCAAAUUUGUCGUCGUCACGAGGUGGAGAUUCAAGAAGGCACCCCUCCUGUUGCACUACAGACCCAAGAUGGACCUGCUGUGAGCACAGCGGAGACGGCACCCAGGCGCCCGAGGGCACGUGCCAGGCGGGGCCACGGCACUCAGGUGCUGCCCCGGGCGCCGUGUGGACUGGACCUCGAACAGAGAGUAUUUAUCACUUUUGUAUGAGAGAGAAUCGCACGUGAUGAGACGCUCGGCACAGGGUUGCAGAUGUGACGCACGGGGACCAGCGUGAGGACAGUGAGGCGGCGGCCUUCAUUCCAACAUGUGACCUUUGCUUGCUUUCCAGGUCUUGGAAAUCUCAGUCACUUCCGUUCAGUUUAUGAAUUAGGUUUCACGAUAGCCCCCAAAUACUUGUACGUUUAUUGAAUCCUUCCUAAGUUAUUGAAAAAAAUGUCUUUUCAUGGUGAAUGACGAUAUUUAUGUUGCCUUUAGCUUCCUGAAGACUUAGAAGAUAUAUAAAAAUUUAAUUUAAAAGCAACCAAAAGAGGUUUCCAUGAGUAUCGUGAGUUAACCAUGGUGUUUCAUUUUCCACGUUAGGGAAUGUGAAGCCAGGGGGGCUCUGACCCCCGGGGGACCCAGAGCCCAGGGCAGGGUGCCGCACCCCAGCACCAGCGCAGCGGCUCAGCAGAGCGGACUGGGCCAGUCAACACUGGUUCUCAGAACAGUUCUUCUCAAAACUCGCUUUUAUUAAACAGGGCACAAGUUGCUCAGUGCCGCCGGUUAACUUCACGCUGAUUCUUUCCCUUUUUCGUUUUGCUGAAGGAAUCGAUGGUGGUUGUGGGGGUGGGGCUGGCGCCCGGGGGUGUGUCUCCACUGAAGCCCCAGGCGUGCAGACCCCAGGGCCCGCCGGGUCCACCUUCAGCGGCGGGCACGUCUGCCCUGCCCACCCCCCUCUCCCAGAGCAGACGGUGGGGCCAGCGGGGUCCUGUGCGUUGGAAGCUGCUGUCCUCAGUUACUUAGGACCUAAAACCCAGCAAAGGCAGCACACCCUCUGUUAACCUUUCUCCUCCCAAAUGUUCGUAUUUUUGUGGAAUUCGAGAAUAAACUCUUUGCCAGCACAUCCAUCUUUGUUCUUUCAAGAUCGUAGUUUGGAAUGUCUGGAGGCAGGAGUGAGGCGAGGGCCCUUCCUGGGUGCGAGCUCGUCCUGGCUGUGUGUCUGUCCCCGUGCGUGUCCGCGUCCGGUGGCUUUUGCCUGAGCUUCGGGCUUUUCCCCGCCGCCACCUCUGCGCCCUGGGGUCCUGGGGCCGCUUCGUUCGGUAGGUAGUCUUAAUGGUCUGAGAGCUGGGUUUUCCGUGAAGAACUUCACCUUGGUGACUAGCAUUUUUCUUGAACUUGCUUUGGAAGUAGUGGUCAGGCUCACUGACGUUCAAGUUUGUUUAUUUUCUUUUACUUCCUGUUUCAUAUGCAUAAAUGUCAGAAGCAGCUCCUUAGUGAUAAGUAAAACAAAUUAACUCAGUCCAAGUGAUUUUAAUAUAAGGCCUUUCAGAAACAUAAAACCAAGUUUUUCCCUAGGAAUUGGUCAAAGUUCACCUCUUUAUUUAAGCCCAUUACUCCCAGGACUGUUUGAAUUAUUAGUUACCUAAGCUCAUUUUUCAUCCAAAUUGUUUUUUUAAGAGUUCCUAUUCAAGGGUUUAAUGAGUAGAUGUGUAUGAGUAAAUAUUACCUGUCUACCUCAAAUACACAUUUCUGCCGAAACGUUCUGUAAAACCAUGUGUUCUCAAUGCAGUUGAAGUAUAAGAUUAGAAUUUAGGUAUUCUGUGUGGUCAAGGUAAGGAAGGAUUAAACAGUAUGAGCGUCAGAAUUCAAAUACCAUUAAUUCGGGGUCAGACUAACAGGAGCCUGACUGUGUGAUCUCAUAGUGUGUAUCUGUGACCUUGCGGCUGUCUUUGCAAUCACUUGAAUUUGCCACGGUGCUAAGUUGAUGUACUUAAUACACAGAGGUGGAGGCGGGCGAGCUGGUGCCACCGUCCCCCUGGGCCCCGACCACCCCUGGUCCUGCGUGUGUAGCGUGUGGCCCUGAUGAAACCUCAGCAGCAGAAGUACCUAUUUUUCUAAGAUGUCCCCGUGCAGACUGUCUUCACUGCAGGAGAGCCCGGUCCUGCCACCUCUGGUCCGACGCAGCCUUAAGGGCCGGCGCUGGGGGCCUUUCAGUGGAGGGAAGCCUGCCCUGUCCUCGCACGUCUGCUUAACAUCAAAGGGAGACCCAUCUUUUCCAGCAUGAAAGCCGGGAUCAGCUAGUGAUUGGAUCCUGUCACCUUUUUUUUUUUUUAAACAGAUGGAGUUACUGUGAAGUAGUUUUCACAACUGUUUAUGCUGGUAAAGCAAACGCUGUCAGUCAGCAAGCAGUAGCGAGCUUGUCAGCAGGGCAGGGUCUCACUAGACACAGGCGUCAUAAAAAUAGAAGAUUCAGAUAGAAUAUAUAAUAUUGAAUUUAAGAUUUGGGGGGUGAAAAAGAAGAAAACUUAACUUUAUAAAAUUAUUUAUUCUAUUUUAAGCCUUUUAUCAUAUUUUCCCAUCCAAUUGUUUGUUUUCAGUGGUCCAGCUUUAUUUACAGGCAUAUAAAAUGAAAAUUGUGAGGUGUUUUGCAAGCUUCUUCUUUUUACUUUGAGUAGUUUUAAUUUGUGUGUUGUUUCUCGUGGAUGAAGCGCGGUUUGUGCAUCUGUGCGGCAGGCUCCAGCGUGCGUUCACUAGAGUUACGUUGAGUUGUCUGCAGCGUCUGUUCUGCUGACUUGAAGAGGGUGCAGGGGGGCCCUCCGCACGUGUAUGCUCAGCUCUGAUUCUUCUUCUCCAUCGUGGUCCUCACGAGAAUGCUCUUGUCAGGAGUGUGUGGGGCCCUGCGUGGGGGUGUCUGCCAUCAGUGAGAGUCAGGGACCGCGUGGCCAAGACUGGCCUCAUGCCUUGGGCCCCGCAUGCUGGCGGCCCAGGACACGCCCCGCACUGACCACAGCUGUGACGGUGCUACUUCCCGGGCUCCAGAGCCCUGCAGGGCGUGCGGCCUCCACGCCCCCUCGUGAUAUUAGAAGUCUUUAGAAAUUUAUUUGUUUUUUUCUCAAAGCCCACAGGAUGUAUUUUACAGUGAUUUUGAAAUGUGUCAUUGGAUUGAAUAUUCUAGGAACAAGCCAACUGAUUUCUUCUUUGUACGUGAAUAUUUGAUGUGCUCUCAGAACACUGAAAAUACAUUUAGUGCAGAUAAAUCACGAAAAGCUCAGUUUCUCUAUUUCCUCAGGAAAUCAUUUACACUCCAGCGCAUCACGUGUGACCUUCACGUGAUAAACCAGUGUGUUUCUUGCCUUGGUGUUUAAACUAAAUAGGUUGGGGUAAGUUGUUAAGAAAUGAUUCAGACGACACCGGAGUCAUCGCUGAGCUUCUGCCCCUGCUGGGGAGCUGCCGUCUUAUCAGCUCACGAGUCUCCACGUCUAGGGCACAUCUGAGGGGCUUGAAAUAUUACGUGUCCCUGAGCACAUGUGUAGCAUUCUUGUAAAUGUCUAUUCCAACAGCUUCGUCAGGUGCAAGAAAACCGAUUUUCCUGAAAGAUGUAGCGUCCGGGGGCGAGAGCCCUUGCUGCCCUAGCGUCCCACGUGGAGCUUGGGGGCUGUGGGGGUUGUGGAGGUGACGCACAGACACACGUUUCUGACUGUUUGGUUUGAAGUUUACAUUUUUUAUGCUUUGUGUUGGUGUGUAAUUUUUUUGUACUAUUGGUGGCUAGAUUUUAAUCUAAAAAUCUUUUUUGGAAUAUUGCUUAAAUGUUUUGAUUUUAUGAUAGUGAAGCUUGUAUUCAGUGUUUUGCCAAUUGAUAUUAUAUGCUUGUAAUAAAAGCAAAAGGAAAACCUA